ACUUGCUCGAUUUGUAUUUUUGUGAUAAAACAAAUUGAAUUUAUAUUUCAAGUUAAAAUGGCAACUACAUUAUUACGAAACGGCUUAAAGUGUGUGAUUUCGAAUGAAUUUUUGAAAAAAAAAGCUAUUUCAGCUUUAUGUUGCGAAGUAAUACCAAGGGAGCAAAACGUUAUUCAAGCAAGCUGUGAACUACAGUGUUAUAAAACAGCUCGGCGAAUGUAUAGUAAGAGAAAUGUGCAUCAAACGGGAGUCUCAGUCUCUACAAAUGAGUAUGAAGAAAGUGAUUCAAACGAUUACCAGGAAAAAGAUCAGUCAUUUUUUUGGAGAAGAAAAAUGCGAACUUUACAUAGUCAUUUAGAUGUUAAUAAAGACGGCGUUAUUAGUUAUGAUGAUUUUAUGCUACUUGGAGAACGAUUUUCUGAUUUGGGCCACUUAACUCCGGAAGCUAAAAUUGAAUUUAAAAAUGUAUUAAAUGAAAUGUGGGAAGAACAGUGGGGAGAAAUUAGUCCGUAUAAUUUCAUUUGUAUUGAAAAAUAUCUAGAAGAAAUGCAGCAUGUUCUUAAUGACUCAUCCUUGAAAAAAAAGUGUCAUCAUUUUUUGCCAUUUUUAUUCAAAGCAGUGGAUAAAGACCAAAAUGGUGAAAUUUCUGUACAAGAAUUUAAAUUAUUUUUCCAAUGCUUAGAUCUUACACAUGAUGAUGCCGUUAUUUCCUUCAGUCAUAUUGAUACUAAUGAUGAUGGUAAAAUUAGUACUGAAGAAUUUAUCACACUGGGCCGUGAAUUUUUUUUGACAAAAGAUUCAACAAAACCGAGUAAACAUUUCUGGGGCCCAUUAGUGGAUUAA